AUGAUGCUUCUUCCAUUUCGUGGAGAAUACUCCUCAAAACCAAUGAUGAACCAAUGGUUCAGAACUCCUACUGCUCUCAUGACAGUUGUCAUUUUCUUGUUGACUUUUGUAAUGUCCACACAAGCUCAAACAACUCUUGUCAUUCUUCAAAACACACUCUCCUUGUACAAUGGAGACAAUAUUACCUUAACCACUUCUAAUGUGGUUGCAACUGAGAACUCCUUGAACGCUCCUCCUCGUGUCGUCUAUUCAGUAGUUCCAGGAACUCUCUCGAAUGGUCAGUUUUUCCUUUUCAAUAACUUGACUGGAUUGUAUGCUCCAACGAAUUCAUUCACUCAACAAGAGUUGGCAGAUGGUUUUGUUCGAUUUUCUCAUCCAGGAAAUCAACAAAUUCCAACCUAUUCAUUACAUGCAUCCGAUCUGUUGUUGAAUGCUGCUUCUCCAAACUCGACUGCUUCGAUCUUUUUCACAGCUUUUAGAAGAGGAACCAUUGGUGCUCCAAGACCAAUCUUUGAAGCGAGUGUAGAUCCGCAAACUUUGAUUGUGACAUUGAGAAUUACCAUGUUUAAGAGAGUGUUUGAUAGUCCUGAAGCAAAUUUCAACUUGGGUCUUUCUUCAUUGAUGGCCUGUCAACAAUCAGACUUGAUUCGAGAUAAUUUUACAUUGGUUACCAGUACUAAUUGGUACAAUACUUAUCAAUUCUCAACCCCUCUUUCAAGAUAUUUGUCAAAUCCAAAUGUUCAACAAGUAAGCUCAGGAGGUGUCAUUGAUCUCGUGACCACCAUGUUUGCCGAUUACAUGAUUACUCGUUUAACUCCAACAACCUCCACAGGUGGUGAUAUCUAUGUGGUUCCAUCUCAAUCUGGAACUUGUUAUCAAGUUAUUUACACUCAGAAAUAUAUUUUGACUUUGACCUUGGCUGUCACUCGUGUCAACUUUAACAGCAGUAAUCCAAACAGCUUUUUACAACCAAAAAAGAUUUUCAUCAACGAUUUGGGAAGAUUGGAAAUUCGUUUGAUUGUUUACACAACUGUCUCUGAAACUAUUACUUCAUGGAGUGUGAGUGGUCCUUAUGCAUUCAAUGUAACAGAUGCUGUUUUCACAGGUUCUUCCAAUGGUUUCAAUUAUUACUUAGUGGUGUUGCAAUCAAAUGUCAUUAACUCUGAAGUUGACUUUUAUGGAGAUUACGUUCUCUCCUUUAGGACUAUAUCCGGUCAAGUCAACACCAUUCCUUAUUCUUUGCAAUAUUUAGUUCCAUAUCCUCCCAUUGAACAAGUGUUGCUCUUUGACACUCAAGCACAAACUUUCUCUAAUGCGGCCCUUAGCACACCAAGAACUCAAUUUACUCCUACUGAUACUGUCUUUGUGAAAGUCGAUGCUCCAACUUCACCAGUUCUUGCCGGUUUUCAACUUUCUCCUUAUAAUGUGAUUUUGUGUUGCUUCCAAAAUUUCGCAAACAUUCCUGUCAAUGUUGACUGCAGAAAUGCAAGUCGUUCAGGUGACUUUAGUGAUGAAAUUUUCAUUAAUGGAGUCGCUGAGAGAGCAGGUGGAAUUGAUGCAGGAGUGUUGCCUCCUCCAACUACUCAAAGUUAUGGUUUCCAAUUUGGUUUCCCAUUGGCCAUUCGAAAUGAUGUGGAUCGAAGAUGUUUCUUAACCAUUGAAACUGCUUAUACUCCUCGUAAUACUUCUACAAGAUCCAUGAUGGAAUCAUUCAGUACUGAAGCUGUUACUGCAGAUGCACCAAUUCCAAAUAAGGUAGCUUCUGUGACGUACCGAGUAUUUGAUGUCAUUCCAAACAACAAGAAUGGAAAUGGAAAUGGUGGUGUGAACAAUGCAGCAGUUUCCUAUUUCAAGCAAGGUGUUUCAAUGAUGAUGACCAUGGUUGCUGCUAUCAUGGUGACUGUGUUCGUGUCUGUGGUGUUGGGAAUGUAA